GAGCUUUGCUGCAGAUUCGAGCCAUGAGGAAGAAACUCAGUCCUCUGACUCCAACCAGCUUUAACCCCGUCAUCACCUCGCAGACUUCAGACUCAGAGGAACACUCGGCGUCGGAGCACAUCCCUCCAGGUUAUGAGGCGGUGUCGCUCCUGGAGGCGCUGAACGGACCCCUGAACACCUCCUCGGUGGACCCUCCACCGCCCCACUCCGGCCCCAGCCACGUCUCCGGGGUGCUGCCCCCGUACAGCAGCGAGCCCCAUCCGGCGCCGGCUCGCUCCCUCUCGCCUCUCGACCAGUCCAACUCCAGUCAGGGACUCAAACUGAAGAAGAGCAGCUCAAAAUCACUUUCUCAGAACUCCUCUGUGCUUCCUGAAGAGGAGGAUGAGAAGUCUUGCAGUGAGUCAGAUGCCUGUCGCCACAAACUGGUUGUGGAUCAGCAGGAGAGUGGAGUGACUCCAGAUAGCGAGAACCUGACUCUGUCCUCGUCUGGAGCCAUCGAUCAGUCCCCCUGCACCGGUACCCCACUCUCCUCCACCAUCACCUCCCCUGAAGACCCAGUGAGCAGCAGCCUGGCCCAGUCUGUCAUGUCCAUGGCCUCGUCCCACUCGCAGCACUCCCACAUCAGCGCUGACACCAUGUCCUCCAUGUCAGGGUCCUACCUGGCCGGGGCCGAAGGCGAGCCUGUCGGGGACGAGGGGGGAGAGGUGGUGGAGGAGAACCAGGACGCCCCGAUGGAGAGCCGAGGACCGUUGCAGCAGGAGGCGGAGUUUUCUAAGGAGACAAAGGAACAAAACUACUCGUUGGGUGUGGAGGAGCAGGACUCAGAGGGAAAUGACGUCACUGAAGAGGACUGCUCCUCCCCUUCUAAUGGAAAAG